UCCAGCGCGGGCGCGGCGGGCCUGACGUGGCACUCCCGGUCCGGUGCGCGGCGACGGCGGCGGAACCGCGGGCUCGCGGAAACCGGGCGUGCGGAGCUGGCAGGGGUCUUCGGCAGCAGCUCUCUGGAAUGGUAUUUUCAUAAUGAGCCAACAAGGUUAUGUGGCAACGCCUCCCUAUUCUCAGUCCCAGCCGGGAAUGGGCCUUUCUUCCCCUUACUAUGGGCACUACGGGGAUCCUUCCCAUGGAACUUCUGCACCAGGAAUUAUGAAGCCAUCCGGGCCUUUGGGGGCCACUGUUCCCGGGGGACUAUUGCCCCCAGGCUCUCUACCUCCUGGACCCCCACAGACUGGCCCAAAUGGAGCUCAUUCUCCUCAAAGAUUUCCAGGACCGCCCCCUGUCAGUAAUAUGGCACCCUCUUAUACGCCAGGCCAGCCCCCGCCACAGUCAUCGCACCCAAGUCCUGGGUCCACUUGGUCUGCCACCCAGCUGGGCAGUCAGUUUAGCUCCAUGCAGAUCAACAGCUAUGGUGUGGCCAUGACCCCCUCAAGCCAGGGUCCCUCAGGACCUCCAUCAGCAGCCUCCUUCCAGGGACCUCCACGAGCUCCUCAGCCAUCCAUUUUGCAGCCGGGAUCUCAAACUCUGCCGCCGCCCCCAACCACCCUGAAUGGCCCUGGUGCCAAUCCUAUGUCUUCACCAAUACACGGCCAGGAUGGACUUCCUGGGCCAACACCUCUGAAUGCCCAGUACAAGCCCCCACCUCCUCCAGGCCAGACCCUGGGUACGGGCUACUCUCCACAGCAGGCAGCCAACUAUGGACCCCAGAUGGCGGGUGCACAGCUGUCCUAUCCAGGAGGCUUCCCUGGGGGUCCUGCACAGAUGGCUGGACCACCACCACAGCACCAGAAGAAGCUGGAUCCUGACUCUAUCCCCAGCCCUAUUCAAGUGAUCGAGAAUGACAGAGCCACCAGAGGGGGACAAGUUUACACUACGAACACCAGAGGCCAGGUCCCUCCGCUAGUCACCACAGACUGUGUGAUUCAAGACCAAGGCAAUGCCAGCCCUCGGUACAUUCGUUGCACCACGUACUGCUUCCCGUGCUCGUCAGACACGGCUAAGCAAGCUCAGAUUCCACUAGCUGCUGUCAUCAAACCCUUUGCUGCAGUUCCUUCAAAUGAGACGCCCUUAUACUUAGUAAAUCACGGGGAGAGUGGACCAGUGAGAUGCAACAGGUGCAAAGCCUACAUGUGCCCAUUCAUGCAGUUCAUUGAAGGUGGAAGACGCUACCAGUGUGGAUUUUGCAACUGUGUGAAUGAUGUGCCACCAUUCUAUUUCCAACAUCUGGACCACAUUGGAAGAAGGCUGGACCAGUACGAGAAGCCAGAGUUAUCUCUGGGAUCUUAUGAGUACGUCGCCACUUUGGAUUACUGCAGAAAGAACAAGCCUCCCAACCCACCAGCCUUUAUCUUCAUGAUUGACGUUUCAUACAGUAACAUAAAGAACGGGCUUGUCAAGCUCAUUUGUGAAGAACUGAAGACCGUGCUGGAAAAACUUCCCAAGGAAGAGCAAGAAGAGACAUCUGCAGUUCGAGUUGGUUUUAUCACGUAUAACAAAGUUCUCCAUUUCUUCAAUGUGAAGAGUAAUUUGGCCCAGGCUCAGAUGAUGGUUGUGACAGAUGUCAGCGAGGUCUUUGUUCCUUUGUUGGACGGGUUCCUUGUCAACUACCAAGAAUCCCAGUCUGUGAUUCACAAUUUGUUGGAUCAGAUUCCAGAGAUGUUUGCCGACUCUAACGAAAACGAGACAGUCUUUGCUCCGGUCAUCCAGGCUGGCAUGGAAGCUCUCAAGGCAGCAGAGUGUCCUGGGAAGCUGUUCGUCUUCCACUCCUCCUUGCCUACUGCUGAAGCACCAGGGAAGCUCAAAAACAGAGAUGACAAAAAACUGAUCAACACAGACAAAGAGAAGAUACUUUUCCAGCCUCAAACAAAUGUCUAUGAAUCUCUGGCCAAGGACUGUGUAGCUAACAGCUGCUCGGUGACGCUCUUCCUCUUCCCCAGUCAGUACGUGGACGUGGCUUCUCUGGGUCUCAUCCCUCUGCUCACUGGAGGAACUCUUUACAAAUACAACAAUUUCCAGAUGCAUUUGGAUAGCCACCAAUUUUUGAAUGACCUCAGAAAUGAUAUUGAAAAGAAAAUAGGCUUUGAUGCUAUUAUGAGGGUUCGUACCAGCACAGGUUUCAGAGCCACUGAUUUCUUUGGUGGGAUUUUUAUGAACAACACCACAGAUGUAGAAAUGGCAGCCAUUGAUUGUGAUAAGGCCAUAACUGUGGAGUUCAAACAUGACGACAAGCUCAGUGAGGACAGUGGAGCCUUGAUCCAGUGUGCUGUGCUCUACACGACCAUCGGUGGUCAAAGAAGACUUCGGAUUCACAAUCUUGGCUUAAACUGCAGCUCCCAGCUAACAGAUCUCUACAAGAGCUGUGAAACAGAUUCCCUUAUUAACUUCUUUGCAAAGUCAGCUUUUAAAGCAGUUUUAAACCAGCCUUUGAAGGUCAUCCGGGAAAUUCUAGUUAAUCAGACUGCCCACAUGUUGGCAUGUUACCGGAAGAACUGUGCAAGCCCUUCUGCAGCAAGCCAGCUGAUUCUACCAGACUCCAUGAAAGUAUUGCCCGUGUACAUGAAUUGUUUGUUAAAAAACUGUGUGCUGCUUAGUAGACCGGAGAUCUCCACAGAUGAACGGACAUACCAGAGACAGCUGGUCAUGACCAUGGGUGUGGCUGACUCCCAGCUCUUCUUCUAUCCACAACUUCUGCCAAUACACACAUUGGAUGUAAAGAGCACAGUGCUGCCCCCCGCUGUCCGCUGCUCCGAGUCCCGCCUUUCAGAAGAAGGAAUCUUCCUGCUGGCUAAUGGUCUAAACAUAUUCUUGUGGCUGGGAGUGAGUAGCCCACCAGAACUGAUUCAAGGAAUAUUUAAUGUGCCAUCUUUUGCACAUAUCAACACAGAUAUGACCCUGCUGCCUGAGGUGGGAAGUCCACACUCUGAACAGCUCAGAAUGAUAAUGUCUAUUAUCCAGGAAAAGAAGCCAUACACAAUGAAGCUUGUAAUAGUGAAGCAGCGAGAGCAGCGGGAAAUGACCUUCCGACAGUUCCUGGUGGAAGAUAAAGGACUUUAUGGAGGAUCAUCAUAUGUGGAUUUCCUCUGCUGUGUUCACAAGGAGAUCUGUCAGCUGCUUAACUGAUAAGUCCUUAUUUCCCACUGAUAUGCAUUUCCGAGGAGACCAUCUCCUGCUUGGUGCCUAAUUUUCUAGAUGACAGUAGGGUAGUUUUGAUUUCUUGAUCAUUUUCAGAAUAGUUUUCCAAGACAGCAUUUAGACCUUCAGUUCUGGUGCUCAAGUAUAAAGUCGAUGGAGGUGCAGUGGUACCGUGAAAGGAACAGUCUAUUUCUGACUGUACAACUUAUAAUUUUCAAAACUGAUGCAGUUUGCAUUUCAUAAAUAGCAUAGUUUACAGAUCCACACACAUUGUUAAUUUUCUUUCAUCAUGCUAGACAUAUAAAUUAUUUUUCAAACAGUAUAGAUUUGGCAUGAAACCUUGAUUACUCUUCCAUUUGCAGUGAGAGGAAGAAAGUUAAUUUUUACAUUAUUACUAAUUUUUUUGAACCAUGUAACUCCAUUGAACAGAUUUCUUCAACUUCAGUUUGCACAGCAGACUUUUAACCCCUUUGGAAUCUCUCUGGUAGAGCAAUGUGUGUUCUACUUUUCUCAUAAUUAUAUAUUGUCUAUGUUAGAAGUAUUUUUCAGUUGUUUUGUCUAUAAAACUAUCAACAUUCUUAAUGGUUCUUUGUACAAUUUUUAUGGUUUCUACCUGUAUAUAAUGGAUCUUAACCAGUAUCAAAAUAAAUUACUUCAUGUUUCUGGCUCA